AUGCGUCGCGCCACCGGCUGCCCGCUGAGCCAGAUCUGCCUCCCGCCUCCCGCCGUGCUGGUGCGGAGCUUCCCGGUGGCUUCCAGCGCGGAUCCCUGCGGCUUCCAGCGCUUCCCGGCCCUCGGGAGCUCCCGCUGCCGCCCCGGCAACCGCCGCCUUCGUGGGCCUGGGCUCCGGCGGCGCGGGUCCCUGCGGCCUGGCGGCCACGGUGCGCGUCCCCGCGUGCUGCCAGGGCCCGGGCGGAGCGGCACCGCCAGCCGGGAAUACUGCCGGGAGCUGGGCCAGAGAGCCACGGCCGCCUGCCGGGAGCCGUGUCGUCAGGGGGUCACAAAAUGCACAACCACGUGCCAGGAUCAGUGUCGUCAGGGGGUGACCGCGUGUGGCACCGCGUGUGUGGAUCCAUGUCGUCAGGAGGUCACCAAAUGCACAACCACGUGCCAGGAGCCGUGUGGUAAAGAAGUCACCAAGUGUGUCACCACGUGCCAGGAUCCAUGUCGUCAGGAGGUCAAAUGCACUACAGUGUGCCAGGAUCAGUGUCGUCAGGAGGUCACCACAUGCGUCACCACGUGUGUGGAUCCGUGUUGUAAAGAAGUCACCAAGUGUGUCACCACAUGUGUGGAUCCAUGUCGUCAGGACGUGACCACGUGUACAACCACGUGCCAGGAUCCGUGUUGUAAGGAAGUCGCCAAGUGUGUCACCACGUGCCAGGAUCAGUGUCGUCAGGAGGUCACCAAGUGUGUCACCACGUGUGUGGAUCCGUGUUGUAAAGAAGUCACCAAGUGUGUCACCACAUGUCAGGAUCCGUGCUGCCAGGAGGUCACCAAAUGCACUACCACGUGUCAGGAUCCGUGUUGUAAAGAAGUCACCAAGUGUGUCACCCACGUGGUGGAUCCCUGUUGUCAGGAGGUCACCAAAUUCACUACAGUGUGUCAGGAUCCGUGUUGUAAAGAAGUCACCAAGUGUGUCACCACGUGUCAGGAUCCGUGUCAUCAGGAAGUCACCAAGUGCACCACAACGUGUCAGGAUCCCUGCUGCCAGGAGGUCACCACAUGCGUCACCACCUGCCAGGAUCCGUGUUGUAAAGAUGUCACCAAGUGUGUCACCACGUGUCAAGAUCCGUGCUGCCAGGAGGUCACCAAGUGUGUCACCACGUGUCAAGAUCCGUGCUGCCAGGAGGUCACCAAGUGCGUCACCACCUGCCAGGACCCCUGUUGCAAGGAGGUGACCAAGUGCACCACCACGUGUCAGGAUCCGUGCUGCAAAGAAGUGACCAAGUGUGUCACCACGUGUCAGGAUCCGUGUUGUAAGGAAGUCACCAAGUGUGUCACCACAACGUGCCAGGACCCCUGUUGCAAAGAAGUGACCAAGUGUGUCACCACCUGCCAGGAUCCGUGCUGCCAGGAGGUCACCAAGUGUGUCACCACAUGUCAGGAUCCGUGUUGUAAGGAAGUCACCAAAUGUGUCACCACGUGUGUGGAUCCCUGCUGCCAGGAGGUCACCAAGUGUGUCACCACCUGCCAGGAUCCGUGCUGCCAGGAGGUCACCAAGUGUGUCACCACGUGUCAAGAUCCCUGCUGCCAGGAGGUCACCAAGUGUGUCACCACGUGUCAGGAUCCGUGUUGUAAGGAAGUCACCGAGUGUGUCACCACGUGUGUGGAUCCGUGCUGCCAGGAGGUCACCAAGGGCGUCACCACGUGUGUGGAGCCGUGCCAUCAGGAUGUCACCAAAUGUGUCACCACGUGUGUGGAUCCCUGCUGCCAGGAGGUCACCAAGUGUGUCACCACGUGUGUGGAUCCGUGCUGCCAGGAGGUCACCAAGUGUGUCACCACGUGUCAAGAUCCCUGCUGCCAGGAGGUCACCAAAUGUGUCCACCACGUGUCAAGAUCCCUGCUGCCAGGAGGUCACCAAGAGGUGACCAAGUGUGUCACCACCUGCCAGGAUCCCUGCUGCCAGGAGGUCACCAAGUGUGUCACCACCUGCCAGGAUCCGUGCUGCCAGGAGGUCACCAAAUGUGUCACCACGUGUGUGGAUCCGUGCUGCCAGGAGGUGACCAAGUGUGUCACCACCUGCCAGGAUCCCUGCUGCCAGGAGGUCACCAAGUGUGUCACCACGUGUCAAGAUCCCUGCUGCCAGGAGGUCACCAAAUAUGUCACCAGGUGCCAGGAUCCGUGCUGCCAGGAGGUCACCAAAUGUGUCACCAGAUGUGUGGAUCCGUGUUGCAAGGAGGUCACCAAGUGCAGAACCAGGUGUGUGGAUCCGUGCUGUCAGGAAGUCACCAAAUAUGUCACCAGGUGCCGGGAUCCAUGUUGCAAGGAGGUCACCAAGUGCAGAACCAGGCGUGUGGAUCCGUGUUGCAAGGAGGUCACCAGAUGUGUCACCAGGUGCCGGGAUCCGUGUUGCAAGGAGGUCACCAAGUACAAAACCAGAUGUGUGGAUCCACGCUGCAAGGAGGUCACCAAGUGCAGAACCAGAUGUGUGGAUCCGUGCUGUCAGGAAGUCACCAAAUGUGUCACCAGGUGCCAGGAUCCGUGUUGCAAGGAGGUCACCAAGUGCAGAACCAGGUGCCGGGAUCCCUGCUGCCAGGAGGUCACCAAAUGUGUCACCAGGUGCCGGGACCCCUGUUGUGUCACCAGCUGUGUGGACCCGUGCUGCGGCAGAGUCACCCAGUGUGUCACCACCAGGUGUGUGGACUCCUGCUGCCAGGGAGUGACCACGUGCCAAGGAGUGACCCCGUGCCAAGGAGUGACCACCUGCCAGGGGGUGACCACGUGCCAGGGGGUGACCACGUGCCAGGGAGUGACCACCUGCCAGGGAGUGACCACGUGCCAGGGAGUGACCACCUGCCAAGGAGUGACCACCUGCCAAGGAGUGACCCCGUGCCAGGGAGUGACCCCGUGCCCGGGAGUGACCCCGUGCCCGGCGCCCUGCCGUGUCCCCAGCUGUGCCACCCCUCAGGGCGCCCAGGUUGUCACCAGGUGCGCCGACUCCUGUCCCACCACCUGCGUCACGCAGACGUGCCCGCUGUGCGGCCAGCUCCGCUCCGUCUCCUGCUGCCCCAAAUCCCGGGCUCCCUGA